AUGCAGACGGAGGCGAGAGUUGGGGUGGUGGUGGAAGGAGGGCAGAGAGCUCUGAAUACUGGGCAUGGAGGCGUGGCGGUCGAAGGCGGUGUGAGAACACUGGCGCAGUCCCUGCCACAGAAACAGCCGAAGCCUCUGCACCAACAGUCUCAGAUUGGAACGGUGUCGCAGCUUCUCGCCGGAGGUGUUGCCGGAGCUCUUAGUAAAACUUGUACGGCGCCUCUUGCUCGCCUUACCAUUCUUUUUCAGGUGCAAGGAAUGCACUCAGAUGUUGCAACAUUGAGAAAGGCUAGCAUAUGGCGUGAGGCCUCAAGGAUUGCUGGUGAAGAAGGAUUUAGAGCUUUCUGGAAAGGAAAUCUGGUUACAAUUGCUCAUCGUCUUCCUUAUUCUUCUGUCAAUUUCUAUGCAUACGAACAUUAUAAAAAGUUCCUACAAACAAUGCCAGGACUGGAAAAUCAUAGGGAGAACUUGAGUACAGACCUUUGCGUACAUUUUGUGGGUGGUGGGUUGGCAGGAAUAACAGCUGCAUCAGCUACAUAUCCUUUGGAUCUUGUAAGGACGCGCCUUGCAGCUCAGACAAAUGUGAUGUACUACAAAGGUAUUUGGCAAACUUUGCGAACUAUUAGUCGAGAUGAGGGUCUUUUUGGCCUCUAUAAGGGACUUGGAGCAACCCUCUUGGGUGUCGGGCCCAGUAUAGCUAUCAGUUUUUCCGUGUAUGAGACCUUGAGAGCUUCUUGGCAGUCACAUAGGCCCAAUGAUUCUACUGUGUUGGUUAGUCUUGCUUGUGGGAGCCUUUCAGGAAUUGCGUCAUCAACAGCAACAUUUCCAUUGGAUCUUGUGAGACGAAGGAAGCAGUUGGAAGGGGCCGGUGGCCGAGCCCGUGUCUACACAACAGGCCUUUUUGGUACGUUUAAGCAAAUAUUCAGGACGGAAGGCUUACGUGGCCUGUAUAGAGGGAUCCUACCAGAAUACUACAAGGUGGUACCUGGUGUAGGUAUUUGUUUUAUGACGUACGAGACAUUGAAGAUGCUGUUAGCAGAUGUGAGUGCUGGUUUAUAG